AUGGCACGCACAGAAACCACAGUCUCACGCGAGCGCAUCACAGUAAUCCGCCGCUACCCCUGGCCCGAAAACCUCCUAAACUGGUGGACAAUCGUCAUGCUAGCCACCGGCGGUCUCCUCACCGGCGUCUUUGGCGACUUUAUGAGUAUACAAAAUAGAAUGGGGUUGGGUACGCCAUGGCUUUUUCCCUAUGCCGUUACCGUGGGCUCAUUGACUCUGUUUUUUGUCAUUCUUAUGAUCAUCUUGCUGGCGCAGAAGAAGUUGCAGCCGGCGUGGGUGUUGCUGGGGAGUUUUAUCUUGAUUGCGCUGUUUCUUGCUGGAUUGAUUGAGACGGCUAUUCAGCUUUUUGGAAAUGUGCGUUUCUCCCUAUUCUCUCUUCUUGUCUUUUCUCUGCUAACACAGACCACANNGGGCAACGUAAGCACCUACUGCAACCGCUACGUCAAUAACAACAACAUCCGCGGCGUCAGCAUCGACACACUGGCCUGGCUGGAGCAAAACUCCAUCUGCUCGCAGUGGGAUGCGGCAUUUGCUUUCUGGAUCAUUGGGCUCGUGUUUUUGAUCUGGAUGAUGAUUAUGGCUGCUCAGGUGAAUAACAAGCGUGGUUUUUAUGAGUGA